CAUGUAGAAGUUGCAGCUACAUGUGGGGGAGCGCGCGCUGUGAUGGAAUGAAAGUGUGGGAUGAGCUAAUAUUUUAGCAAAAAAUGUUUUAGCCCCGGAGCAUUUUUGGGAGAGGGAGACAAUAUCAACGGAUGGAACAAUAUCGGAGAAUGACCUCUUUUCAAUGGCCAAUAAAUCAACCUUGUUGUAAUGAAUCCACGGUGGAUCGACUGACGGGUGCACACUGGAACAGAUAAAGGGGCUGUCGGCAGCUUUUGAAGAUGCCAACUGGCACCGGGGUUAGGCUGCUUGAGAAAUAGUGGUAUAUUUAGAAUAAACAUAUAGCCUAGGCUGCAGUCUCCCUAGCCUGCCUAUAUAAUAAUGGGAAAUGGGAAGAUUGUGUAAUUUUAUUUGAUUACACUAUAGCAGCAUUCUCUCGCCACAGGACACAAUUCUCACGUGUGGUUUUCAUAAUCCAACAUCUGAGUAGCGUUUUCCCUGCGGCUCGGAGGGAGCCGGGACUGAGCUCACACAUUCACACAUGCGAGCUGUUCGCUCCGCUGCUUCGGUCGGGGAUCCGCGCCUCGGCCAUUUGACAUGAGGACGGCAUCCCGAUCCUUCGCUGUUUGAAACAAUAGGCCUACUCGAGCGAUUCCUGCGGUACGAACCAUCUGUGGCACGGAGCUGAGUGGGACGCUAUCUGCAGGGAGAGGGAGGAGGACUAGCCUGCUGUCCGCUAUACCCCAGCCUGGUCCCCGCGUACUGUACAGACAUGGAGACGCUACCGGAGCAGAACUGCACCAUGUCGAAAAAGAGAGCUAUAGCUAAAAUCUUCAAAGUUCGCAAGCGGAGACAGAUGCUUUUCGUUCAAGUCUGUUUUAUCUGCAGUAUUUUAUGUUUGGCAUGGUGCAUGUCCGCCCUGCUCACAAAAACAGGACAUGGUCUGGUCCUGGAGCAGGGGCUGGCUGACACAUCAGACCGUCUGGGACGCAGGCUGAUGGCCUUGGAUGGGGACAAUGACACACUGGAUAAGAACUGCACCGAGCCAGCCAUCAAUGAGUUCCCUGAGGAUAUCUUCACCACCUACCAACGCACCAGAGGAGCUGUCCUGCUGCACAUAUUUGCGGCCCUUUACAUGUUUCUGGCCUUGGCCAUCGUCUGCGAUGACUACUUUGUGAUGUCUUUGGAGAAGAUCUGUGAGAAACUGGACCUGAGUGAAGACGUGGCAGGAGCUACGUUCAUGGCUGCUGGCAGCUCAGCACCAGAGCUGUUCGCCUCGAUUAUAGGUGUGUUUAUCACUCAUGGAGACGUGGGUGUUGGAACCAUAGUGGGUUCAGCAGUAUUCAACAUUCUAUGCAUCAUCGGUGUGUGCGGAAUCUUCGCUGGACAGGUGGUGUAUCUGACUAAGUUUGCAGUGUUCCGUGACUCGCUCUACUACACUCUGUCUGUGUUGGCAUUGAUUGCAUUCAUCUAUGAUGAGAAGAUAGUGUGGUGGGAGAGCUUAGUGCUGGUAGUGAUGUACUUUGGGUACAUUCUGAUUAUGAAAUUUAACACCAGCAUCCAGAACUAUUUCUCAGGGAAGGAAGACAAGAGCUUGGCCAACGGUAACACGGUGAUCAGCAGCGAGCUGGAGGAUGUGAAGCCCACUAAGAGGUACAGUCGUGGCUCUGUAGUGAUGGUGGAUGAGAUUAUUAACUCCAGCCCUCCUAAUUACCGUUUCCCCGACGCCGGCCUGCGCAUCAUGAUCACCAACCACUUUGGCCCCAAGACACGCCUCCGCAUGGCUAGCCGCCUCAUCAUCAAUGAGCAACAGAGGUUGGUGCAGGCGUCUAACGGUGUGGACAACGUGACCAUGGUGAUCACUGAUGGUAAACCUGAGACCUUGGAGAACGGCACCGUACCAGAGGACAAAACUGUUGAGGAAGAGGAGGGAGAAGCCCUGAAUUCACCCUUCACCGUCCCUGGGGGCUGCAUGGAAACAGUGAAGUGGCUGAUCUCCUGGCCCAUCCUGCUGCUACUCUACUUCACUGUGCCAAACUGUGCCAAGCCUCGCUGGGAACGCUUCUUCAUGCUCUCCUUCUUCCUCGCCACCGUGUGGAUCGCUGUCUUCUCCUACUUCAUGGUCUGGAUGGUCACCAUAAUUGGCUACACUCUGGGCAUCCCUGAUGUGAUUAUGGGAAUCACCUUCCUGGCAGCUGGCACCAGUGUCCCCGACUGUAUCGCUAGCCUCAUCGUUGCUCGGCAAGGUCUUGGGGAUAUGGCGGUUUCCAACACCAUUGGUAGUAAUGUCUUUGAUAUCUUGGUGGGACUGGGGCUCCCCUGGGCGAUACAGACCAUGGCUGUGGACUAUGGCUCUGAGGUGAUGAUCAGUAGCAGAGGGCUGGUGUACUCUGUGGUGCUUCUUCUGGGCUCUGUGUUUCUGACAGUUCUGGGGAUCCAUGUGAAUCAUUGGAAGUUGGACCUUAAGCUGGGUGUGUACGUGCUGGUGAUGUACGUCAUCUUCCUGUGUUUCUCCAUCAUGAUCGAGUACAACGUGUUCACCUUCGUCAAUCUGCCCAUGUGUCUGGAGCAGCUGUAGGACGGCCUACACCACCGGACAGGUGUCCCUGCUGAAUUAUAGACUCACACAGCCCUCUGGAUCUAAACUUAAUCACUAACUAACUCAAUAAUUUCUAUCCUGAAAUCCCUAUCCCCCACACACAUACACUACCGGUCAAAAGUUUUA